GUUACUAUUGCCAAAAAAGACAAAUUAAACAGAGCAAAUCGAGCGCUCACCUUUUAUUUUGAAGAGCUGUUUUGAAGCUAGUUAUCCGGUAGUCUGUAGUUAGCACAUUUACAAGUCAUGAUAUAAAGUAGUCGACGCAUUCAUGUCUUCAAUAACAAAGACAAUGUCCAAGUUCCGCAUGGCCGUCAUUCAGCUGCAGGUGAGCAGCGUCAAGGCGGACAACCUGAGCCGGGCCAGGAGGCUCAUCGACGAGGCGGCGCAGCAAGGCAGCAAACUUGUGCUUCUACCGGAAUGCUUCAACUCGCCUUAUGGAACUUCAUUCUUUGCUGCCUACGCCGAGAACAUUCCUGGACAGUCCACUCAGGUGCUGGCUCAGGCUGCUAAGCACAACAACAUCUACCUGGUGGGAGGCUCCAUCCCAGAGGAGGAUGCUGGCAAGUUGUACAACAGCUGUGUGGUGUUUGGACCUGAUGGACACAUCCUGCUCAAGCACAGGAAGAUCCAUCUCUUUGACAUCAACAUCCCAGGCAAGAUCUGCUUCCAGGAGUCUGAAACUCUGAGUCCUGGCAACACUUUGUCCACCUUUGACACACCCUUCUGCAAAGUGGGAGUGGGCAUAUGUUACGACAUGAGGUUUGCUGAGCUGGCACAACUCUACAGCAGGAAGGGGUGUCAGCUGCUGGUCUACCCAGGAGCCUUCAACAUGACCACAGGCCCCGCCCACUGGGAGCUCCUGCAGAGGGCCAGGGCGCUGGACAACCAGGUGUACGUGGCCACCGCAUCACCUGCCAGAGACCAGAGCUCCUCCUACGUGGCCUGGGGUCACAGCGGUGUGGUGAACCCCUGGGGAGAAGUUCUGGUCCAGGCUGGAUCGGAGGAGGCCGUCAUCUACGCAGAUAUAGACCUGCAGUACUUGGCUGAGGUGCGACAGCAGAUCCCAAUCACAGCACAACGCCGCCAUGACGUCUACACUGUGACGUCUGUGCCAUGACGUCUACACUGUGACGUCAACACUGUGACGUCUACACUACUACAGGAAAGUGCACACCUCGCCUUUUCUUCUCCUUGAUUGACUGGAGCCAAGCUGCUCUGGCGUGAUUAUGACCUGAUAUCUUAUCCAUACCUUAGUGUACAUUUCAAUAAUCCAUCAGCUGCAAGAAGACAAUAAACUUUGUAGCACUUUUU